AUGUUAAAUAAGUUCGCCGGCAAGACGUAUCAGAUUGAGAAAGCUGAGAACGUGGAUGCCUUCCUCAUCGCUUACGGUGUGAAAGACGCCGGCCUGCGAGAGGCGGCGCUCAAGAUGACGAUGCGGCAGACGCUGUCGGUGGACGGGGACCAGUACACGGUCCACAUGGAGAUCGGGCCCCGCAAGCUGGACAUCCCGUUCAGGCUGGGCGAGAACUUCGAGGAGACGACGAUGGGCGGCGAGAAGGCGCAGACCACGUUCUCGCUCCAGGGGGACGACACUCUCGUCCAGCAACAGAAACUGCCCGGCGGCCGACACGUCACCACCCAGAGGAAGUUCAGCGACUCCCACAUGACUGUCGUAAGUAUGAGGCGAGCCAUCACGCGCUUCUGA